AUUUUUUUUUAGGGACUUGGAAGCAUUUCUAGAGUUUCAGAGGUAACCUUCAUUCAAAAAGAAGAUCAAGGAACUGCAAACAUGAUGUACCACGUAGCAAGGGCAUCUGAAUUUCUGGUGAUCACUGGGAUUGGUAUUAAUGAACUGAAGAUCACAAAAAAGGCACUAGUAUGGCCAUUGCAGAAAUGUCGAAUCAUUGAUGUUACUCCUGUGAACUAUACUUUUGAAGUCAAUGCUAUGAGUGCUGAGAAGCUGCCCUUCCUUCUCCCUGCUGUUUUCACUAUAGGUCCAUGUGUGGAUGACCGUGAGAGACUUAUCAAAUAUGCUAAACUUCUAUCCCACCAUGAACGUGAUUCACACGAUGUGAAGGACCUUGUUCAAGGUGUCAUUGAGGGAGAGACUCGUGUCUUGGCUGCUUCCAUGACCAUGGAGGAAAUCUUUAAAGGCACAAAAGAUUUCAAGAAGGAGGUAUUUGACAAGGUUCAGCUUGAGCUCAACCAAUUUGGCUUGCUGAUUUACAAUGCUAACAUUAAGCAACUGGUCGAUGUUCAAGGGCACGAAUACUUUUCUUACUUGGGGCAGAAAACUCAAAUGGAAGCUGCAAACCAAGCUAAAAUUGAUGUUUCUGAGGCCAAAAUGAAGGGUGAGAUUGGAGCUAAGGAGCGAGAAGGUCUCACACGUCAAAAUGCUGCCAAGAUUGACGCUGAGACAAAGAUCAUAUCCACCCAAAGGGAUGGUGAUGGAAAGAAAGAGGAGGUUAAAGUGAAGACUGAUGUUAAGAUAUAUGAAAAUCAGAGAGAAGCUGAAGUGGCAGAGGCGAAUUCUGUUCUGGCAACCAAGAAGGCUGGGUGGUCUCAGCAGGCAAAAAUGGCAGAGAUCGAAGCCCAGAAAGCUGUAGCAAUUCGGGAGGCUGUAUUACAACAAGAAGUUGAGAGAAAGAAUGCAUUGACUAAGACAGAGAGCCUCAAAGCACAACACCUCAGUAAGGCUACUGUUGACUAUGAGAUUAAGGUGCAAGAAGCCAAUUCAGUAUUGUACAAGAAGCAGAAGGAAGCAGAAGCAGAGCUUUAUGAAAAUAGAAAAGCUGCCGAGGCUAAGAAAUUGGCAGCAGAAGCUCAGACAUAUGCUGUACAACUAGCUGCUGAUGCUGCACUCUAUGCCAAAAAGAAAGAGGCGGAAGGACUAAAGGGCAUUGCAGAAGCAGAGGGCGUUUAUGUACGCAGUCUGAUGUCAGCCUUGGGAGGAAACUACAACGCCCUGCGAGACUACAUGAUGAUCGACAAAGGAAUGUUCAAAGACAUCGCCAAGUUCAAUGCUGAAGCAAUCAAGGGACUUCAACCCAAAAUCAGCAUUUGGAGUAAUGGUGGCACAAAUGGACAGAUGGUUGAUGGAACAAGUGGUGGACAUGCUGGAAUCAAAGAAUUGGCUUCUAUUUACCAAGCAUUGCCUCCUUUUCUUGAGACUGUGCAUGAACAAACUGGAAUGUUGCCACCAGCAUGGAUGGGAAGCCUCCCUGUUUCUGCUGAUCCAGCCACAUCCAGCCAAUCUGCAUAGGAAAAUUCAUGACUUUUAUGACCAUCUAGUAGGAU